AUGUCUCAAAGUGAAAUCACAAGUGUGAUCCAAUCGGAACGUUUUGAACACAAAAUUUGUGGCAUGACCUCUGUAUUGGUCCAAUUACUCCGAUCGAAUGCUUCUGCAACCACUUCUUCGGCACAACAGCAAGACGCAUUCUUUCAGCCAUUGAUCUCAAAACUGAACCACUUGUUGCAAUCUCAUUUUGGAAAUGAUACGACCAUGAAUGUUGGUUUUGCUUUUGGAAAUGUAGCAAAAACACUCUAUGCUCAUAAUGUGAAUUUGAAUGAAAAUGAUGUUUGUGUGUGUUUGAUUAUGGAUAGUCAGUUGGAUAUUGAUUGUAAGAUGGUCACGGCAGUGAGAAAGAAUUCAUCUUUGGUGAGCUCAAAUGAAAAGUCCAUGAUUUGGAGACUCUUGUAUAAAUAUUCAUUUCAAUAA